CGGCGCAAAAUAGGAACUCGCCCGCUAUUUCGAUGCGAGAGCCUCUCUCAGUCUCACCAUGUAUUGGCUGCGAAGCGUAAACCAAUGGAAGUGGAGGCCCUUACUUGUCCGUUUCUCUGCUCAGAGACUCGCAGACGCAAGCCAAGCAAGAGACUUCACAGCCACAAAGCAAGAGCUUCUUAUGGGUCCCUUCAGAAUCCCAGCAUAACAGUCUUUUUCCCCUUCUUCUUCUUCUUCUUCUUCUUCUUCUUCCCACUUCAAAACCAUUACAUUUUCUCCAAUUUUUUUUGCUGCCUGAAAUGGAACCUCUGUGCCCAAAUCUCGAUCUCAACUCGCUCCACCUCUCACCGGUUUCGAGAAAUUUCUCAAAACCCGCUUCAGUGCCGAUCUACGCUUGCCGGUUUUCGAGCUUCAAUCCAUGUUUAAGCAAGAAAUGGGGAGUGCUAUCAAUGCCCUGUUCUUCGCAGAGGGUGGUUGGAACAAGGGUGAAGACGGAGUCUAGUUCUGAGGAUUUUACUACCACCCUAGAAGAAAAUUUAAUUGACAGGGUUGCUAGAAGUUUCGUCAGUUUCGCUGCUGCGGCCGCCGCGAUAAUUUCGUUGUGCAGUGAUUCUCCGGCCUUCGCGGAGUCUCUCACCAUCGCUUUCCCUGUUUCUCGCGCUCACGAGGUGAAUACAGUUCAGAGAACUCUUGUGGAGGCUUGGGGUUUGAUUAGAGAAUCCUUCGUAGAUCCUACUUUUAACCAUCAAGACUGGGAUUUAAAGCUGCAGCAAACAAUGGUGGAAAUGUUUCCUCUGAAAUCGGCUGAUGCAGCAUAUAACAAGAUUAGAGGAAUGCUUUCUACUCUUGGAGAUCCUUUCACUCGAAUAAUUAGUCCAAAGGAAUAUCAAAGCUUUAGAAUUGGAAGUGAUGGAAAUCUGCAAGGAGUUGGCCUCUUUAUAAAUGCUGAAUCCAGCACUGGACAUUUGGUUGUUUUGUCUUGCAUAGAGGGCAGCCCAGCUGCUCGUGCUGGCAUACAUCAAGGAGAUGAGUUAAUUGAGAUUAAUGGGGAAAGGCUUGAUGGUGUUGAUAGUGAAACUGCAGCACAGAAGCUUAGAGGGCGUGUUGGAACAACUGUUACAGUAAAACUCCACAGCGGAAGAGGCUGGGGAUCUGAUUCUUCUUUCAGGGAGGUAAAACUGUCUCGUGAGUUUAUCAAACUUUCCCUUCUAUCCAGUGCCAUUAUCCCUCAUAGAACCCCAGACGGUCACGUGGCAAAGACUGGAUAUGUUAAACUGUCGGCCUUUUCUCAGACAGCAGCUGCUGAAAUGGAAAGUGCAAUUCAUGAGAUGGAGGGUCAGGGUGUACACUCAUACAUCCUGGAUUUGCGAAAUAAUCCAGGUGGUUUGGUUAAAGCUGGGCUUGAUGUUGCCCAAAUAUGGCUAGAUGGAGAUGAGACUCUUGUGAACACUGUUGAUCGGAGUGGGAACAUGUUGCCAAUUAGCAUGGUCAAUGGACAUGCUAUAACACGUGAUCCACUUGUUGUGCUUGUGAAUGAGGGGAGUGCGAGUGCAAGUGAGAUAUUGGCUGGGGCACUGCAUGACAAUGGUCGUGCUAUCCUCGUGGGGCACAAAACCUUUGGAAAAGGAAAAAUUCAGAGUGUUACAGAGCUUCAUGAUGGAUCUGCUCUGUUUAUCACGGUCGCCAAGUAUUUAUCACCAGCACUACACGAUAUAGAUCAGGUAGGAAUAACACCGGAUGUGCAGUGCACGACAGACAUGCUCAAUGCACCUAAAGAGUCAUCAGUUAAGGAUAAGAACACAGAUUCAUCCCUGGAAGCAGAUUCGUGCAUCAUGGUAGCAGAGCAUGAGUUGGAUAUUCAGGAAUCCAGAGGUACUGCUUCUUGAGAGAAUACCUGCAUCUAAAUAGAGCACUGAUUGGAUGUAGAAAUUGGAGAUGUCCACCAUAUGAUGUGUACCAAAAGUGAAAUGUAACCCAAAAUUUUUUUUUUUUUUUUUUUUUUUUGCGAAAAAAAAAAAAAAGGAAAGUUCUGCUUAAAUUGGGCUCAUCUCUUUUUUUGUAAGUGGCUCUUAAAUCUUCUUAUACAGUUGUCAAUGAUUUGUUUGAUACACAAAAAUGAAAUGGAAUAGAAUGAAAUUGGUAUAAUUUUACAUAUUUGUUAUAUAAUUUUUUUCAUUCCAUUGCGUAGGAGUUGAAAGUUUUCCUUUGAUUUCAAUGGGUUCUUCUCUACAUUCAAUUUUAAAUUGGAAUUUACCUUUGAUUUCUGUGCGAUCUCCAUUCAAUAUUCUAUCAUUCUAUUCCCCUCACGCUCAUUCCACUAACCGGCAAAGAGAUUACUAACUAGCACACAAACUUUUAUUCCUAUGUUUGUUGUUGAACACUAGAAUAUGCUUUGUAGAAAAUCAGCAGCAUGACCAAUUCUGUGCUACGAUUGUCCUUGGCAAUUUUAAAUUCAUAGUUUCAUGAAGAGCAGCAGCUGGUAAUUGCUUCAUCUCGACAGUUGGUCAAUGAUUUGUUUGAUACACCAAAAAAGAAAUGGAAUAGAAUGAAAUUGGUAAAAUUUUUCAUAUUUAUUAUAAAAUUUUUUCAUUCCGAUGCGUAGGAGUAGAAUGGAAUCCAAAUUUUCCUUUGAUUUCUAUGGUUUCUACAUUCAAUUUUAAAUUGAAAUUUACCUUUGAUUUCUGUGCGAUCUCCAUUCAAUUUUCAAUCAUUCUAUUCCCAUCGCGCUCAUUCCACAAACCAAACUUGGCAAAGAGAUUACCAGCGCAGACUUUUAUUCCUAUUUGUUGUUGAACACUAGAGAAAAUGCUCGUAGAAAAUCAGCAGCAUGACCAAUUCUGUGCUACAAUUGCCCUCGGCAAUUUUAAAUUCAUAGUUUCAUGAAGAGCAGCAGCUGGUCAUUGCUUCAUCUCCAUCGACAUGCCCAGCCAACAUCUUCCAGGAAACCCUGCUUCCAAGAUGUUGUGAGGAACCCAUCACCAUUAGAGUUCAGCUUCAUUCAAGGAAGAUAAUUGAUACAUAUAUGAUUUUGUGGUCAAACAGUAGAUCCCUGCAGUGGUUUUAUUUUUUGUUUUUGUUUUAUUUUUGGGUUAAGAUGCGCCAAGAUGCAUUGCAUCUUCCAGUAACCUAACAACUCCAAACAGAAGUUAAAAUCCAAGAGCGAUCAAAGAUGAAUAUUAAAGAACAUACUGAAUAAACCAAAACCGGCCACUUUCCAAAAAAGGAGACAGCAAAAUUUAAAAAAAAAAUAAUUUAAUUUAUAUAAACAUAACAAAUGAUAAAGAAUCAGACUCGUCCAAUCCCCAAGCCCUCAGAAAAUCACAAAAUAACACAGAACUCUCAUAUCCCACUCUCAGCGGCAGAAACCUCUCUGAUCCAGGACUCAGUGCUUCAAAAGAGUAAGAAGCGACAAGACUACGGAGAAGCACACAACAGCGCUCGAUACCGGCAAGGAGAAGGCCGCUCCGUCAUCCGGCGAUGGCGCCGGUGCAGACACGCUGUCAGCCGCCGACACAGAAGCGGCAACAGCAGAGAGUAUCACGACGAAGAAGGCGAGCACAUUGGCCUUCAAGAUUCCACUUUGAGCCAUUGCUGAUUCGCACAGAAACAGAUUCUGCCUAUCACUGAAGAAUGAAACUGAGGCUGGGGUUUCUGAGCUCCGGCGAAUUUACUUAACUGAACCGCGGUUU